AUGUCUGAAACCCCAGAAAUCACAUGUUUUUCCCUGUAUGAAGAAAUUAAUGCUGAACAAAAUGUCGCGGCUGUAACGACACAAAUAUCUACUCAUUAUCUUUUCAAUUGGAGUAUUACAGCAAUUCCAAUUGAAGGUGGAGAUUUCGAAUUGUAUCUGAAUUCCGAAUGCACAGAUUCGGAUGCACCGGGCAAUCUUAAAAAUCAGUUGGAAGGAAAAUUCAACAUUUCGGGUAUAUUCUAUUGA